UCGCUUUGUCGAUGUUCUCUACCAAAUCUCUGCGUCCAUCCCUUCCCUUUUUUGGGAGUAUAUUCGCCGAGGCUAUUUCACCGGAAGUCAAACGAAAUCCACCGCUACUCCUACCUUCAAUCCGAUUGAUUCCCUUCCGCUGUAGCUAUCUCAUACGCCUUAAGUACGCUGCUCCAGUAGCUUCUUGUGGUGGCUAGUAGUAUAGAGGUAGUUCUAGGGUUUCGAUUUGAUGGAGCCGCGAGUCGGAAACAAGUUUCGGCUGGGGCGGAAGAUCGGAAGUGGAUCAUUCGGAGAGAUCUAUCUUGGUACUGAUAUACAGACUAAUGAAGAAGUUGCCAUUAAACUCGAAAAUGUGAAAACUAAGCAUCCUCAGUUACUGUAUGAAUCAAAAUUAUAUAAAGUAUUACAAGGAGGAACCGGCGUUCCAAACAUUAAAUGGUAUGGUGUUGAAGGGGAAUAUAACGUCCUUGUGAUAGACUUGUUGGGGCCUAGCCUUGAAGAUCUAUUCAAUUUCUGUAGUAGGAAACUCUCACUAAAGACUGUACUGAUGCUUGCCGAUCAAAUGAUCAAUCGCAUUGAAUUUGUUCAUCAGAGGUCAUUUCUACACCGGGACAUCAAGCCUGACAACUUUCUGAUGGGUCUCGGGAGGCGCGCAAAUCAGGUAUACAUCAUCGACUUUGGUCUAGCGAAGAAGUACAGAGACUCGAAUCAUCAGCAUAUUCCGUACAGGGAAAACAAAAACUUAACUGGAACUGCUAGAUACGCCAGCAUGAACACUCACCUUGGCAUUGAACAAAGCCGUAGGGAUGAUUUGGAGUCACUUGGAUUUGUUCUCAUGUACUUUUUAAAAGGAAGUCUUCCUUGGCAAGGACUGAAAGCUGGUAAUAAGAAGCAAAAGUAUGAGAGGAUUAGUGAAAAGAAAGUAUCGACAUCUAUUGAGUCUUUAUGCCGAGGAUAUCCAUCUGAAUUUGCUUCUUACUUCCAUUAUUGCCGGUCCCUGAGAUUCGAUGACAAGCCAGACUAUGCCUACCUGAAACGGCUUUUCCGUGACCUGUUUAUUCGCGAAGGCUUCCAGUUUGAUUAUGUAUUUGACUGGACUAUCUUGAAGUAUCAGCAAUCACAGCUUUCUACUCCUCCCCGUCCCAAUGUCCCUGGAGUUGGGCAAAGCUCUGGCCUUCCCCCUGCUAUUGCUAGUGCUGAGAGGCCAUCAGGUGGCGAGGAAGCUAGAACUUCUGGCUGGCCAUCAGGAAACGCUAGGCGGAUUUCUGGACAAAUAUUUAAUUCAGGCAACUUAGCUAAACAAAAAGCACCAGUUUCAAGUGAUCCUGCAAUCUCUAAAAAUGUAAUGUUAUCUAGCUCUAGCUUUCUCCGCGCAACUGGGUCAUCAAGACGUGCUGCUGUCUCCGGUAGUCGCGAGGCUGCAGUUCCUGGAACUGAUUCUGAGCCAUCAAACCCUCAAAUCAUUGAAGCUGGAACAAGCUCCAACCCAAAGAUUCAUGGUGGUCGAAGCUCACCUAUAGUCUCAUCUGAGAACAAGAAGCUAUCAUCUCCAUCAAGGGGAAAUACUUCAGUUAUGAAGAACUAUGAGUUUAAUCUUAAUAAAGGGAUCGAGGGUCUGCACUUUUAGCCGCUGGGUACCCACUGACCAGUGAAUGAUGUUUGUAAAUUUAAAGACCAAAGAAAACCUUUCUUAGGCCCUCCCCAGGUUUUAGAGGGAGGGAGACUUUGAUUGUGCUUGUAAGCACUCUCAAAUAACAGAAGAUAAAGUAAAGACUCUGGAAGAAGUGAUUCCAGAGGAAUACAAACUCAGAAGUGAGUCAAGGAGUCAAAAGACUGUUGUGUAUGUCUCGUUUGGUACUGCAAAGUUAAUUUCGAGUCUCAAAGGGAUUUGAAGUGUAAGCGAUAAUUGUACUGUUUUCUUUAAAACUGGUCAUGAGAGUUGCGUAUGUCAUGCCAAGUUGCACCCUCAGAGGACAUGUUGUGUCAUAUUUCAAUUCUUCAAAUCUAUGAAUGGAGUAUAUAGCGAAUGCAAUUAAAUUCA